AUGUCUGGAUUUAACAUUGCUACACCUUCAAUGACUACGCCUGCUAUGCAGACGCCUUCUGUUCCUACUCCUCUUCAUAACUCAACUCCAUUUGCACUUCCUACUACUCCUGCUCCUAUUGAUGCUCCCACACCAAGUAGAGAUGCCAAUCCUUACUCUGUGGCGGGUAUCACCCCUACUUUACAAAAUAUUGUUGCCACCGUUAAUUUGGAUUGUCGUUUAGAUCUUAAAACUAUUGCUCUUCAUGCUCGUAAUGCAGAGUACAAUCCAAAGCGUUUCGCAGCUGUAAUUAUGCGUAUUCGUGAUCCUAAAACAACUGCAUUGAUUUUUGCUUCUGGUAAGAUGGUUGUGACCGGUGCCAAAUCAGAAGACGACUCUAAAUUGGCCGCACGUAAAUAUGCUCGUAUUAUUCAAAAGCUGGGUUUCCAAGCCAAGUUUACUGAUUUCAAGAUCCAAAAUAUUGUUGGUUCUUGUGAUGUAAAAUUCCCUAUUCGACUUGAGGGUCUUGCUUAUUCUCACGGACACUUUAGUUCUUAUGAACCUGAAUUAUUCCCUGGUCUUAUCUAUCGAAUGGUCAAACCCAAGAUUGUGUUAUUAAUCUUUGUAUCUGGUAAAAUUGUGUUGACUGGAGCAAAAGUUCGUGAAGAAAUCUAUCAAGCCUUUCAAGCUAUAUAUCCUGUACUUACUGAAUUCCGUAAGCCAUAA